AUGUCUGAGUCCACCGCGCUGAAUGUAUCGGCAACGGAGAAGAAGGAGUACAAGAGCUGUGAUGCCGCUCGCGCCGCCUUCCGCGCCGGCGAUGUGGAGGCAUCGCGUCGUGAGCACAUGAAGGGGAUGCAGCAGGAGAACCACAACACGAGUGCCUCUGAAUAUGUGAAGUCCCUCGUGUUUGGCGGUCUGGACGGCAUCAUGACCACUUUCGCCAUCAUUGCCGCGGCAGCCGGGAGUGGGGGCGACAAAGCCACGGUACUUAUUUUCGGUUUUUCUAACGUCAUCGCCGAUGGCUUCUCUAUGGGGUUCGGCGAGUACGUCUCUGGCGAGGCUGAGCGGGAGAACGCUAUUUCGGAGCGGCGCCGCGAGGAGUGGGAGGUGGAGAACUCGUUUGACCUGGAAAUAGAUGAAAUGGUGCAGAUAUACAUGGCGAAGGGGCUCUCCUUCGAUGACGCGCACACGAUUGUCGGCAUCAUCUCCAAGGACCCGAAGAUGUUUGUGGACUUCAUGAUGGUGGAGGAGCUUGGACUUCUGGUGGACAUCGACGACACUCACGGCCCCAAGAAGCAAGGUGUCGUGAUGUUCGCAUCCUUCAUGUUCUUCGGCUCCAUCCCUCUCCUAGCGUAUCUUCCAGGCAAAGGCCAGGGUGUAGACUCCGUUUUUUUUGUGUCCUGCAUUCUCACAAUGGCCUCGCUGGUCUUCCUGGGCUCAGUGAAGGGUUACCUCGUCGGCGUCAGCAUGGGGCGCUCGGCGGUGCUUAUGGUGCUCAACGGCGUAAUCAGCGGGGUCGUCAGCUUCAUGGCUGGCCACCUGAUUCAGAUGGCGCUCACUAACGGGGCCGAAGCCACGACUCCCUUGCCUGCGUAA